GUUCCACCCCCUUCCCUAACUUUCUCACCGACUUGGUCUAUCCUCUUGUGCGAAACCAUGGCGCUUCGACCCGACCUCUUCGCUGUAUACGUGGCGUCGCAAGUUAUUUUUCUAUGCGCGGGAUCGGCCAAUGCGGACGGCGUUUCGUCGUUGCUGCAGCCGUAUGACUUUUUGUACUACUCAGGAGUGCGUUCGUAUUUCAACGGGCAUUGGGCGAAGGCUGCGGAGAUGAUUGAGAAGUCCAUUGUGACCAAGGAGGCUCUGUUUAAAGUCCGACGACAGUGUUAUGAGGAAUGUGGAGCAACGGGAGAAGAUGCACUCCAAAAACUAGACACUGAGGAGGGGAGCCUGUGGGACCUUUUUGCCCUGGACUGGGUGCAGAAGAAGGCAGAGUGCUUGAGAUUCUGCGUGGGACGCUCGGUCAGCCAUGUGGGACAGCUACCCGUUUCCACGGACAUCGAUUACGAGUUCGGCAGCCGCAACGUCUACAACUUUCUGCAGGUUACAUACUAUAAGAUGGAGAAACUGAAGAAAGCAGCAGCGGCAGCCCAGACAUACUUUGUGGCUAAUCCUACUCACCUGGAGAUGAGGAACAACAUCGAGAAGUACCGAAGGAUGGAGGAAGUGACCGACGACGCCUUCUACGACCGGGAGAUGGACAGCGAGAAGCACUGGUUUCUGUACGAUUCGGCCGUCCAGCACGAGGAAGCGUCCGAGUGGACGCAGGCGGUGGCCGCGUGGCGAACGUGCCUGAACGAAACGCUGCGUCACAUCGACGAGUGCAGGGUGCAAUGCGUGGUGGCUGCACAGUGCCUGCCCGAGGACCGGGGAGUGGACAGCGUUGACGGGGUCUUCGAGAAGGCCGCAGUUCUUUCCCUCUCGCUGUUAUCGUGCCAGCAGUCGUGCAUAACUCAGGUGUCCAUGCGUCCCGGCAGGAUCUCCUCUCAGAACGACUUGCUGCCCACUCAGCUGGAACACCUGCACAUUGCGCAGUUUAAAGCUGGAGAUGUGAGAGGCGCCGUGCAGACGCUUCGUUCCCUGCUGCUCUUUUACCCCUCAGACAAGGACUCCAUAGACAAUUUGCAGCUCUACCAAGAGACACUAGGGGGAGACAAUGAGUCACAGCCUGCUCAGGAGAUCGUCCACUAUGUCAAACGCUCGUUGCAGGAGAAGGAGCUUCUCUAUUUUGGCAUGGAGAACCUAAAUUACACAUUCAUUGACCCAGAUCUUUGGACACCUGAGGAUAUCGUCCCAGAAUCCCUGAGGGAAACAUGGAAAGCUGAGAAGGAGAAGAUGAUCGCAAGACCUAACGAGGAAGAACAACAAGAGGAGGUGGACGACAGCGGCUUCUUUGCAGGUGGUCCAGUCCGUCAGGUGGGUGUGACCAUCACCAUGGACGAACUGCUUCUCAACGGCACCAACCGGGUGGUUCUGGACGGAGUCAUGACUGAGAAGGAGUGUGACAGGAUGGUGCAGUUGGCAGCGGCCGUUGCAUCAGCAGGAGACGGUUACCGGGGGCGACGGUCGCCACAUACGCCUCAUGAAACGCUGGACGGCCUGACCUUGCUUCGAGCUGUGAAGCUGGCUCAGGACGGGCUGGUCAACCAAACGGACGCGAAGCUGCUGCACGAGCUGGGGGAGCGAGCGCGUCUCCUCCUUCAUUCCUACUUCAGGAGCCCUUCAGGACUCUAUGUGGCCUUCACGCACCUCGUCUGUCGGAGUGCCAUUGCAGGGGACCAAGAGGGCCGAAUGGACUUGUCUCACCCGGUCCAUGUGGACAACUGUCUUCUUGAGCCAGACACCAGGCAGUGUUGGAAAGAACCGCCUGCCUUCAUACACAGAGACCUCAGCGCUGUCCUCUAUCUGAAUGACGACUUUGACGGUGGCGAAUUGGUCUUCACCAACAGGGACGCCAAAACAGUCACAGCUCAAGUCAAACCGACGUGCGGCCGUCUGGUGGGCUUCUCGUCGGGACCUAUCAAUCCGCACGGCGUUACGGCGGUGACAAAAGGUCGCCGAUGCGCACUGGCACUCUGGUUCACCAAGGAGAAGCUCUACAGAGACAUGGAGCGAGAGGAGGUGGAGAACGGGUGGGCCCCUGAUGGGGAGAGCGCGGCAGAGAAGGACGACAAGGAGGGCGGCGGAGCGCCCGCCCCUCGGAACGUUCGCAACCAAGCGCCAGCCAAGGGCAGAGCGAGAGAACGGGUGACGGCGGGGAAAGAUGAACUGUGAAUGUGAGCCUCUCAUUCAAACCCAAAUUUAGUGGUGAAGAUUUCAAACGCAAUAAAUUGACACCAAUGUCCAAUUUUCUGAGGUGUUGCUAAUUAUAUGGCCACUCCAUCAUCUCUACGCAAAAACAAACGUUCUUCAUUUUCAGUGACAUUUGACACAGUGAUUAUUUAUUCGAAAAGUGAGUGUGUAAAUACUGUAUUUAUACUUACUAAAGAGGAAAGUAAACUUUUUUUCCUUUUGGUAACCCUC